CAAGCCAGAAGCGAUGUGCCGCGUGUGCGGUGACAAGGCUUCAGGAAAGCACUACGGUGUGCCAUCCUGCGACGGAUGCAGGGGCUUCUUCAAACGCAGCAUACGACGAAACUUAGACUACGUUUGUAAGGAGAGCGGGCGUUGCAUCGUGGACGUAACCCGUCGGAAUCAGUGCCAGGCCUGUCGUUUCUCCAAGUGCCUGCGAGUCAACAUGAAAAAAGACGCUGUGCAGCACGAGCGCGCUCCGCGACCGGUCGCCACCCAGCACCAGCUGACCCUACAUAAGCUAGGCUACAACUUCGGCCGCCAGGCGAACUUCUUCCCCCCUUCCGCCCCCCUAACUCUCGCUUCCCUACCGCAACUCAACACUUACAGCAGCGUUGCCCCUGCACCGCCCGACCUUGCUAUGCCGACCUCGUUCCUAGACACGUCCUUUCAAGAAUUCUCGAGACUUCCUGAAGCGAUUCCGUCAGAACUUCCGCAGUUGAGUCCGUUCUUUAGCACUCAACCCAACUCACUGAGCUCUUUAAAUCCGUUCAAAAUUCCGCUUUUUCCAAGUCAGUUGCAUUACCCUAUUCCUCAUAGUGGUUAUUUCCCUGCAAAUAUUUUCUAUCCUCCUGUAAUCUCAACUGAAAGAUCGAUGACGCCUCCGGGUUCUGCCAAUAACCAUGAGCUGAAUUCUCCUAAAUUUAAAACAUCCUUGCCGAACCCUACUUCAGAAAAGCCGGACUCGCAGCUACCGGACAAAAUCAAGGAAGACGAAGUCUCAAGCUCGGAGGAAGCAUUUAAGUCAAGUCGUUUCUUAGCGAAUGUCGACAAGGAAGAUACCAGAAAUCCGGCCCCAUGCUCCCCGAACAACUGCGAGCCUCCAGUCAUUCACGUUGUAUCAAAACUAGGAGAAACCCGCCUGCAUCUAGACUCCACUCGAGCAGAGAAUAUUUCAGUGGAAUGUAUUAUAAAAGAACAAGAGAAGUGUGCACGGCAGGAGAGUAAAGUUCAGAAGUCGAGGAUCCACAUCGAUAGUAACCUAGCUUUGUCCGGAGAACACAUCCACGACCCGGCGGCGAAGCUGCUGGUGGCCUCGAUCAAAUGGCUGCACGGUGUGCCGACGUUCACGCAACUUAAGACUUCGGAGCAAAUACCUCUGCUACACCAUAACUGGCGGGAACUUUUUCUUAUCGCAGCUGCACAAUACUCCUACUACUUCGAUGAAGAAGAUAUGUCUUUACCAACGACCACAAGGAAGGCCAACUCCAAAGCAGAGUUCAAGAAGCUAACGGCCCUUAUAAAAAGGAUAGUCCAAUGCAGAUUAGAUAAAUCAGAAUACGACUGGUUAAAAUCAGCGCUGCUGUACAGAAAUGAUUGCUUCGAGGGCCCCUCGACGCAGCUCGAGCUUCUGCAAGACCACACGUUGCUGCUACUGCAAGGCCACUGCUCGAGGAAGGACUCUGCCCGCUUCGGCCGCCUCAUGCUGCUGCUGCCCAGCAUAUGCUGCCUAGCCAACCACGGCCUCCUUGAAGACCUACUCUUCCCUGACACCUCGACUGACGCCAUCCAUUCUACCCUUACACGCAUUCUUAUGUAUACAUCUAUAUAAUACCUAGUUCAUAUGAGACAUGCUAUUACGUUGCUAUAGGUAGGUACUGUACAUAAAUAUUAAUUUUAUAUAUUUAUUUCCGUUGCUUUUUGCAUCAGAGGGUAGUUUUGUAAAAUUUUGUAAGAUAUGAAAAUAAAAUGGCUCUAGAUGUUUAGUUUAUCAUUAUUACACUGGUUAUAAAUAUGGCAACAGUUUUCGAAUUAGGUAGAUACUUAAAUAAAUCGACUUGCUGCGAAACCCUUCUCUUGCUAAGUAAACCUUAACUUAGUUAAAUUGAAUUCAAAAGAGUAGAAAAUUGCGAAUGAAAAACUUACUUGAUGAAGCUUCGCCAACCCAAACUUUAGGUAAACUAUUAGGCACAUUGUAUUGUGAGAUAAUCAAAUAAACAAAAAAGAAUAGAUAUAUAUUUUUCCCCUCACUAGCUCGGAAACACGUGUUUUGUCCUUUAA